AUGGCCGCUUUCCAUCAUGGAUUCUACUUUCUCGGCUGGUUGCUUCUGCUAGCCUGCAGCUGGGCCGCGGACGCCCCAACCCCUACAUACCCGCAGAUUGUGGAAGUGGACAUGAUCUUUCCGCGCAAUGAGACCUACGCCCCUACCCAGCUCAUGCCAUUUGUCUUUGCUAUCCAGAACUUCCGCGUCGCAAAGCCGCUCUACUUGCACUUCUUUUACACCCUUGACCAAAUCCCCUACAACAAAUCAACAUCCGCAGUUGGCCAACGCUAUUUAAACUAUGCCAACUACUCUAGUAGCGACACUUAUUUUUUAUAUGACUGGACUCGCAAGAUUAACACUACCGAGGGCACAUGGGAGCUUAUCUGGACGUGGAGUGCGGAUAAUUGCUCGCAACCCAAGAAGGACCCAGAGAGCCAUUUGGGCUCACGAAUACCUUUGGAGGUUGGAAGCGUUGGCACGCGCAAUAUCCUUUACUUUACUACUAAGCACGGGGCUAAGCAGCCGGAUCUCGUUGCUGCAACGCAAGAUGGAACCUGUGGCGAAUCACGAGCCGAUACAGUGAAUAUCACGGAGGUAAUGGAUGUCCCCUGGGAUGACAGUUAUUAUAAAACUCAACCCUCGUGCGCAGUUCUUUCGACCAUCACGCCAACUCCGAAUCCCUGUAGGGCCAAGAUAGACUCUGUGAUAGCAUCGAGCAUCUCGUCCGCCAUUCAAUCCACUGCAUGUAUCGCAUCCUGGAAUCCAAUCGGGAGCUGCCCGCCUGAGUCGACUUCGACACGACGUGCAGUGCAGUUUUCGGCUGGAGGGACAGCAUUGUUGGCAGCUACUCUCGCUUGGCUCAUCCACAUGACAUGA